UAGCUCAUCCAGGCCCCCAAAUUUAUUUAUCCUCUGCUUCGGAAUUUGGCUCUUUUCGGCGAUGCUUGACACAUCAAAGAAAUGAGAGCUUUGGGGAUUCCUGUGCAUCUCAGAUUUCCAUGUAUUGCUGAAUUUCCUCCCCGCCUCAGACACUGACAGCAGCAGCCAGGAGCAGAUUCCUGCUGUCCCGUGAAAUUAUCACGGCAGCGAGGCGAGAUACGCAUGGAACAUGGCUGCGAUGAGGACUUUAACCGUGGCAGGUCUUUUUUUGGCAUUUUGCGCUUUGGGACUGAUUGCAGUGGCCAUCAGCACUGACAACUGGUAUGAGACUGAUGCAAGGAGGCACCGGGAACGCUGCAAGAAUUAUUCAAACAAAAGAAACGACCCCGGCUACAUUUACAUCUCCAACAACAACCUUCCACUUCGCAUGUUGCCAAAAGAGAAAAAUGUGGAGAGAAGAGGCUCCAGUGUCAGCGGGGAAAUGCUGCUGCGCGCAAAGCGGCACUUCUUGCCUCCUGCCCCGGCCAUGGAGUCCCUCUGCAGUCGGCAUUUCAACUCCACCAUCACGGGACUGUGGAGAAAGUGCCACCGAGGGGGGUUUGACUUGGAGACAGAGGAUUUGAUCUUUAAAGGAUUGGUUCCGCGCUGCACACCAAUAAAAUACUACUACUCAUCAUCGGCGCUCCCCAGAAAUCUGCCAAUCAAUCUGACGAAGACAAUAAGGCAGGAUGAGUGGCACGCUCUCCACCUCCAGAGGAUGACUGUCAGCUUCAUAGGCAUGGCCAUUUCCAUCAUCCUGUUCGGCUGGAUCAUUGGUGUGCUGGGAUGCUGUAAGGAGCAUGAUCUGAUGCAGUAUGUCGCUGGACUGCUCUUCCUCAUGGGAGGGACAUGCUGCAUAAUCUCCCUUUGCACAUGUGUGGCCGGGAUCAACUUUGAACUGUCCCGCUAUCCUCGUUACAUGUUUGGAAUACCAGAUGACAUCAGUCACGGUUACGGCUGGUCCAUGUUUUGCGCGUGGGGUGGACUGGGCCUUACGUUGCUGGCUGGCUUCCUGUGCACACUCGCUCCUUCCCUCUACCCUCCACACACCCCUGUCGUGCACAAGCCCAGGCAGGAGAACGGCUGUGUGUGACAGGCUGCCGCACAUCUAACAGACACCUGUCUCAUCCUGAAACAGUGACGAGCCCUGUUCAGAGGACAGUUUUUAUCCAGGGACUCAGCAGAGAGAGACUUCACACAGACAGCUUGGCAAAGAGAAAGCACAGGACACUGGCUCUCACUCACAUGAAAAAGAAAAAAGGGGAGACGUUUGACUGAAGAUGAUUUCAGUUCCUCUGGUGCUUUUUUUCUGUCCCUCUUUAUGAAUGAACUGUUCAGUGUUAUUGCUUGCUCUUCAAGAGGAGAAUAGUAAACAUUUCUUCCUGUAAAAUAUGCUAGUUUGAGAAAAAAAAGGAGAAAAAUAAAACACUGGCAGAAGAUCAAUAGCACAACUUUGAAAUCUAUAUUGAAGAUGAAACUCUGGAUGUGUACCGCCACAUUUCAAAGGGCAACUGUGUAUCAUUAUGUACUCAUUCAAAACAAGAUAUGUACAUGUACUUUUUGAAUUGUAUGUAUGCAGAUGCAUUUGUGUUUAUUCAAGGGAAAAAUAUGAGCAUUAAGACCAAACUGUGUUUGAGGGAAAUGUUUUGAUGUUCUUGAGGUCGUACCCCCAUCGAAAUAUUUUUGAAAAAUAAAACAGCCAUGCAAAACUA